CCUAAAUUCACAAGUAGAUGUUCAACACCGAAAACACUGUGCUAAUUGUAGAUGUGAGUUGGUUAUGGCUAAUGCUGCUUACAGUCAGGCGCAAUCGGCAGUCUGAUAACAUUUUGGUUUCCUAACAAAUUACACCAACACUGGAGAUACUAGUUGAGAAGACCAAGACUGCCAGUUGGUUCUGUUAUACCGAACAGAGAUAUGUUGCUGGAACUGUCACACCGAGGAAGAGGCAGAACCUAGACGCAACCUCCAGAUGACUGAGAAGCAAAGGAACUCCGUAUAUUGUACAGCUACCAUACCAGGGAGAUUCUCUUUUGUACAAUGAACUGCGUUAUUUAGACAGAUCCUAGUGAUGUGCGAGAAGCAGUUGCAAUGUUGCAUAUGCUUGGAUUCAUACACUAAUCCAGUUUCCAUUCCCUGUGGACACAUCUACUGCCUGGCCUGUAUUGGGGAGUAUUGGAAGCAUGUGGAUAUCUGCCGCUGCCCGCUUUGUCUGGAUGUGUUCACACCGGAAGCGGAACUCAAGUCGCUCCCACAUAUGGAAAAUCACAGCAGCGAUCUGUGCAAAGAGGAAACCCCUGUAACUCACCAGGAGGUGCCUUGUGAUGUCUGCUUGGAAGGCCCAGCCCUGCAGGCAGUACAGUCCUGCUUGGUUUGUCUUGCCUCCUACUGCCCCAAGCACCUAGAGCCCCACUACCAGAGUGCAGCCUUGAGGAAGCACCAACUGGUUGUUGUGUGUAAGAACCGGGACAACUCUACCUGCAGGCUACAUGGUCAACCCCUGAAGCAUUUCUGCCGAAGCGACCAGACUUGCAUCUGUGCUCAGUGCAUACACACUGACCACAGAGGCCACAGAAUAGUUCAUGUCGUCAAAGAAUGGGAGAAGAAGAAGCAGAAUCAGCUAAAGAAGAUUAUGUUGAAGACACAACGGAUGAUCCAGGUCAAAUUGACCACACUAAAGGAUGUAAAACAGUCAGCAGAUAUCAGCGCAAUUAACUGUGAUAACACAACAAUGGAAAAGAGCAAGGAUAAGAAAGGGGAAUUAACCCUUCCACCUUACUGUGAGGCAGCUGAUGGAAGGCCGUUGGAGCUCAUGGAAAAGCUGGAGAAGGAGAUAUCUGAGCUCGAAAAGCAGAGGGUGGAACUGGAGCAACUCUCUAGCACAGAGGAUCCAAUCCACUUCCUACAGCUCUUUCCAUUGCUAUGCACCAGUAAACACUAAGAACAUGUCACCGGGGCUGGGGACAGACAUUUAAUGAACAUUUGGUCUGUAGAAAACUGGCUAUGGAAGAUAGCCUUUGAUCUUCAAGCAACAAACAUGCAACUGGUGGUUACAUAUACUUGUGCAUGUCUAAUGGGGAAUUAUACAUUAUUUAAUGAUUGUUUUCUGACUGUAAUUUUUUUAGUGCAUUCAUAUGUUACUGGGCCUGUAGAUCUAUUGUUUUGUGAGAACAGGGUAUUUUCUUACAUAAAGGCGAUGCCUUUCCAAGAGACCCAAACUUCCAGCUUUAAGUCUGCCUUUUGCCAACCUGUCUGUUGAGAGGUGCAGCAUAGAGUUGAAGAGCUAGAACUGAACGACUGCGACUUCAGGUAAUCAGAAUCAUGGAAAAAUUGGACUUGACUCUGGCAAGUCCAUUGACCAUUAUAAAUGACUGGCAAUUUCAUUGCAUAAAUAUUUAAAUUAUCAUUAAUUGUCAUGUCAUGUCUAGACUGUGGACUGGUUCAAAUAGUUCAGCCACUUGAUGCACCAUAUUAUGAAAGCUCCAUCUAAACUAUUGCACUGCCUGUUACCAGUUCAAGCACAGGACAAAUCUGUGUCACCACAUUAUGUAUCAGCUAGAAGGCCGGGCCUAUCAUCCUGUUAAGCAACUGCAAUGACCACAAAAAACAGUGUCACCUCAAUGAAAAACAAAGAAGGUACUUCCAGUAAAAGGGAAGUGAAACCUAAGAGCAAAGAUAAAUGUACUGGGGGAUUAAACUUUAAAACAGGUUGCUUUCAAGAAAAUAUAAAUUAUUCUUAUUUCAAAAUACUGUAGUCUUACUUGGAAAUAAAGUUACAUAUUCUUAAUAUAUAUUGUUAAUUUUAACUUUGAAUGAUUGCUAUUUAUUGAGACAUUUAACUGUUUUACUCCUACGGUUCAGUGGAAGGAGCACUUGUCCGAUAUAAUGUUACUUUAUUAUAUGUUUCCAUUCUCCUCCUUCAUGGUGUUUGUUUGGUAGUUACUUCAGGAUCUUUUUAGGAGUAUGUAUUAAGCUCAGCUUGUCAGUGGGUGUGUCCGAAAUCGCGCACUUGCGCACUUUUAGUGCGCGAUUUUAGGGCGUAGUGCGUUCACACUGACAACUAAGGCAAAAUUAAAGUUUACUGAAAGUACCCGGAUGGUGCACUGAAAACGGCCAGAAAACGCAGUGCAGGACGAUGGACACUACUCGCACUAAACGGACGCCAUUUUGACUACGUAGCGGAAGGGGAGGGACUUUCGGCAAGUUUAAAUAAUGGCGGACAACACAGACACGCAAGCUCAAGCGGAGGCAACUGCGUCAUAUAAAUGUAACAUUAAUAAAAUUAUUUUACUGAUGUAUACUUCGGUGUGUAGCCUGUCACUCUCUGACGACAGUUAUAGAUAAUUUUGAGUUUGCGAUUAUAUCGGCUUGGAAGAGUUCGCACACGUAAAUGUUAGCAGUUUUUUAGGCGGUCGUAGAUAAGUUAUAUACACGCAAAUAAAACCACAAGGAAAUUCAUUGUAAACAAAACACGGCAAAUAUUUUGGGGCGCUGGAGAAUCGCGAUCAAAUGCUAGUCCGUCACUUCCGGUAAGUGCAAAACGUUAGUGUUCCAUUUAUGACAGCACUUACCCAUGGUAGUGUGCACUACAGGAGGAAGUGCGCAGUGCACACUACGCACUACAUCUCAGUGCACUGAGGCAAGUGCGCGAUUUCGGACACACCCAGUGUAUUAUGCAGCUCUGCAAAUAAGGAUGAUCUUCAUUUUAAAAUGUGAUUAAAUUAGAUGAAUUCUGUGAAAUGCAGUAAGAAGAGAGAUAGGGAUUGUAUUUUGGAAAAAUCUGAAAUAAACCAAU